AUGGAGAAACAACCCGCCCAUGUCACGGCGGACAAUCCCUCGGCCUCGGUCGUCGAUCCCCCACGCCCCAAAGGAUGGAUGUACCGAUCGUUCAAUGUCGGCUCCUGGUCCACCAGCUGGUACGCGUCGCCGCGUAUCCAAUUGGGUAUGGUCGCCUUUGUGUGCUUCCUCUGUCCCGGCAUGUUCAACGCGCUCAGCGGCCUGGGCGGCGGCGGCAAGUCUGAUGCCUACUUGGCGGACAACAUGAACGUCGCGCUAUACAGCACCUUUGCCGUCGUGGGCUUUUCCGCCGGCACGUUUGUCAAUCGCCUCGGUGUUCGUCUCGCCCUGUCCUUUGGCGGUACUGGCUACACCCUCUACUCAAUUAGUCUGCUGGUCUCGGAACAUCGCUAUGUCCCUGCGUUUAAUAUAUUUGCUGGCGCUUAUCUCGGUGUCUGUGCCGGUCUACUGUGGGCCGCGCAGGGCACUAUCAUGAUGUCGUACCCGCCGGAGCAGAACAAGGGCCGGUAUUUCGCCUGGUUCUGGUGUAUCUUCAACGUCGGGGCCUGCAUUGGCAGCUUGAUUCCCCUCGGCGAGAACAUCCAUGUCACCACGAACAAAACUGUCAGUGACGGCACCUACAUUGCCUUCAUUGUGCUGAUGUUCGCGGGCGCUUGUCUGGCUCUCUUCCUCUGCGACGCUGACAAGAUUGUUCGACCCGACGGCUCGCACGUCAUCCUGAUGAAGAAUCCCAGCUGGAAGACCGAGAUCGUGGGAUUGUACGACACGCUGCGCUCCGAGCCCUACAUCAUUCUGCUGUUCCCGAUGUUCUGGUCCUCCAACUGGUUCUACAUCUACCAGCAAAACGGCAUCAAUGCCGCCCACUUCAAUACCCGCACCAAGGCUCUGAACGGCUUCCUGUACUGGUUCGCCCAGAUCGUCGCCGCCGUUAUUCUCGGCCCGCUCCUGGAUGUCGAACGUUUCCGCCGCAGUGUGCGUGCCAAGCUUGCCUUAAUCUCGCUGUUCGUCUUGACCAUGGUUAUCUGGGGCGGUGGCUACGCCUGGCAGAGGCACUACACCAGGGAGACUGUCGCGGCCGACGACUUUGUCCCGACAGACUGGAAGACACCGGGCUACGUGGCGCCCAUGUUCCUUUACUUCUUCUAUGGCAUGUACGACGCGAUCUGGCAAGGGAUUGUUUACUGGCUGAUGGGUGCCCUCGGCAACUCGGGCCGCAAACUCGCCAACCUCGCCGGCUUCUACAAGGGCCUGCAAUCUGCGGGUUCCGCCGUGAUGUGGAGUCUGGACCGCGACAAACUGCCCUUUAUGUCGGAGCUGGCCUCGAACUGGGGUCUGCUCAGUGGUUCCAUUCUCAUUGCAGCACCCGUCGUCUUCUUCAAGAUCAAGGACUCGAUCCCGGUGGAGGAGGACUUGAUGGGCACCGACGAGACCGUCGAGGAUGUGCUGCCGCCUGGAUUGAUUGAGCAGAAGCGUGAGGGCCAGGGCAAUCCUUGA